GUCGAGAACAAGACUUUCCCACAAAACAGAUCCACAAGGCUCGUAGAUACAACAAUCACGAGAGAAUUAGAGAGAUGGUGACGAAAACAGAGGAGACGCAAUUGAACCAGCUCGAGAAUCAGGUCGAAAAUGGCGGAGGCUGGACUUGGGAGUAUCUUUGCCUUGUUCGGAAGCUCAAGGUUCGCCGGUCGGAGAAGGUGUUAAAGCAUGGUUCCUCGAUUUUGAAUGAUCCGAAGAAACGAUCUGCACUCGGUCCAGAUGAAUGGGCGCUAAAUGAGCAGGUGGCAAUUGCAGCUAUGGACUGCAACUGUCUUGAUGUCGCACAGAGUUGCAUUAAGACAUUGCAGAGGAAAUUUCCUGAGAGCAAAAGGGUUGGGAGGCUGGAGGCGUUGCUGCUUGAAGCGAAGGGAUUAUGGGGAGAGGCUGAGGAAGCAUAUUCGAGCCUUUUGGAGGAUAAUCCACUUGACCAAGCAAUACACAAACGAAGGGUGGCUAUAACCAAGGCAUUAGGAAAACCUUGCUUAGCCAUUGAGCUUCUUAGCAAAUAUCUUGAAUUAUUCAUGGCUGAUCACGACGCAUGGCGAGAACUUGCAGAGAUUUAUCUUUCCUUGCAAAUGUACAAACAAGCAGCUUUCUGCUACGAAGAGCUCAUACUAUCUCAGCCUACUGUUCCAUUGUACCACCUUGCAUAUGCCGAUGUUCUCUACACAAUAGGUGGAUUAGAAAACCUUAACUCGGCAAGAAAAUACUAUGCAGCCACCAUAGACUUAACAGGCGGAAAAAGCACCAGAGCUCUUCUCGGAAUCUGUUUGUGUGCAUCCGCGAUUGCACAGCUCUCAAAAGGCAGGUACAAAGAGGAGAGAGACGCGUCGACGGCCCAGGAGCUUCACUCUCUAGCUGCAGCUGCAGUAGAGAAAGAGUACAAGCAGAAAGCUCCGGCCAAACUCCAACUCAUAUCUUCUGCAUUAAGAAGCUUGAAACUUUGAUCGCAAGCUUACAAGUCCCACAAGACGCAAACGCUAUCAUUUUUUAUUUGGUUCCACUUUCAAAUCAGAAAACGAGACAACUGUGUAGUGUACCUCUUAGUUGUUUAGCAGAGUUGCUAUAAACUACAUUUGGACGAUAGAUGAACUAUUAUACAAAAAUCUUGAACCAA